GAAGGGGAUGAGGAGGGAGAGCACGCGCCGCGCGCCCCGACCGACCGGCCGAGUCCUCCUCCUCCUCGGCUCCUCUCCUCUCUCCUCUCUCUACAUCUGCGGCCUUGUCCCCACUACCACGCUCUCCCUCUCUCUCUCUCUCUCUCCUUGUGGACUCGCAGUCUCGCUCGCUCGGCCGCCCCCACCACCUGUUCGACCGAACGCCUCCCCGGCGGGCGGCGAGGAGAUGGUGUUCAAGGGGAGGUUCUUCUCGUCCCGGCACAAGUCGUCGGAGUCGUCGAGCCCCACGGACGGGAGCAACAGCCCGCGGACGCCCACCUCCGCGCCGCCCGCGGCGGGGUCGCCGGCGGCGGCGUCGUCGUCGUCGUCGUCCAGAUCCGACAAGAAGAAGCCCAAAUCGGAGACCCCCAGGAAGCGCGACAAGCUCUUCGGCGGCUCCGCGUCCGGGUCCGCCGCCUCCAAGGGCGGCGCGGGGGCGGCGCCUGCGUCGGCCUCGUCGAGCCCGUCGGCGGACGGGAGGAAGGCCGCCGCGGCGCAGCUUCGGGAUGGGGGCGCGGGCGGGGCGUCGGCGGCGGCGCUGUCGCCCAUCCUGGCGUCCUCGCUGGGCCUCAACCGGAUUAAGACGAGAUCCGGGCCCCUGCCGCAGGAGGGGCACCGCAUCGCUGCCGCGCUCGGGAGCAGUAAUCUAUCGCGUGGGCAGGCGCAGGCGGACCCGUCGGCUGCAUCGGCUGGCGGCGGCGGCGGCGGCGGGAGGAAGGCUGGAAGCUCAUGGGCAGAUUCGACCAGUGGCAGCCGGGGGAAAGGGAAAGCGGCCGAACAUCCAGCGCGGGGCGCCACAGCAACGAGCCUGGAAGGAAAGAGCUCUGCAAAAGUUAAACCGAAUGCAUUGCGGAACCAUUCUGGAGAUUUGAGGACUCCAACUCACAUACCAGAUAAUGUGUGUGCAUAUGAUCCCUGUGAAACACCAAAGGAAUCGGAAUCUCCACGCUUUAAGGCCAUCAUGCAGGCUACCAGUGCUCCAAGGAAGAGAGUCCCUGCAGAUAUAAAAAGUUUUUCGCAUGAGUUGAACUCCAAGGGGGUCCGACCAUUCCCUUUUUGGAAGCCUCGGGGCAUUUACAACUUGAAGGAGGUGUUAAAAGUUAUUCAGGUGAGAUUUGAGAAAGCAAAGGAGGAGGUAAAUUCAGAUUUGGCAGUAUUUGCAGGAGACUUGGUUGGUGUAAUGGAAAAGUACGCAGAUUCUCAUCCUGAGUGGAAGGAAACUUUGGAAGAUUUGCUCAUACUUGCACGUAGCUGCUGUGUAAUGACACCGGGGGAGUUUUGGCUUCAAUGUGAAGGCAUAGUGCAAGAUUUAGAUGAUCAUCGUCAGGAGCUCCCAAUGGGUGUGCUGAAGAAACUGUACACUCGGAUGCUUUUUAUCCUUACGAGAUGUACAAGAUUGCUUCAAUUUCACAAAGAGAGUGGCUUUGCGGAGGAUGAAGUUGUUAUGGAUCAACGUGAUAAGAUCAUACAAUCUGCUGAUAGGCAGAUAUUGGCUCAACCAGGUGAUGACACUACAACCAGAGGCAGCAAAAGUGAUGUACGAAAAUCGUACAGUCAAGAGCAACAUAAUUUAAAAUGGAAGAGAAGCCAGGAGAUAAAGCCUGUUAAGUUUCUUUCACCGCUUGAUACAACAGAUGUUAAAAAGGAGGUUGAGUCUCCAACCAGGGAGCGUAUAUCUUCCUGGAAACCUUUUCCAUCACCUGUCCCAAAACCCCCUAAAGACCCUACCCCUAUUAAAGAGGAAUCACCUAAUAAGAAAACAGAUACACCCCCUGCAGUUAGUAGCCAGGCUGAAUUGAACAGUCCAGUGGAAUCUACAUCACAUCAAUCUCUUCCUCCCAAGCAUCAACACAAAACUUCAUGGGGUCACUGGUCUGACCAGCCAAAUAUUUCUGAAGAAGGUUCAAUAAUGUGUCGCAUAUGUGAAGAAUAUGUCCCUACUCAUUAUGUAGAAAAUCACUCAGCAAUAUGUGCAAGUGCUGACAGAUGUGAUCAAAAAGGUGUAAGCGUUGAUGAACGUCUAAUUAGAGUUGCUGAAGCACUUGAAAAGUUGGUAGAAUCUUAUACACAAAAAGACCUUCCAAAUGCUGUUGGCAGUCCAGAUGUUGCAAAAGUAUCAAAUUCAAGCAUCAAUGAAGAAUCUGAUGGCCCCUCUCCAAAACUCUCUGAUUGGUCUAGAAGAGGCUCAGCUGAUAUGCUUGACUACCUCCAGGAGGCUGAUAGCACUAUUUCACUGGAUGACAUAAAAAACCUUCCUUCCAUGACAUGUAAGACUCGUUUUGGGCCAAAAUCUGAUCAUGGAAUGGCUACAUCUUCAGCAGGAAGUAUGACCCCUAGAUCUCCACUAACAACUCCAAGAUCUAAUCACAUAGACAUGCUUUUAGCUGGCCGAAGUGCAAUUAAUGAGAGCGAUGAUCUUCCUCAGAUUGUUGAACUUGCUGAUAUUGCGCGGUGCAUUGCAACUACUCCUCUAGAUGAAGAAAGGGCACUCUCCCUAUUGGUUACCUGCAUAGAAGAUCUGCAAGAAAUUGUCAAUCGUAGGAAGCAUGAGGCUCUCACGGUGCAGACAUUUGGCACACGUAUAGAAAAACUCCACCGGGAGAAGUACCUACUGCUUUGUGAUUCGGUUGAUAUGGACAAAGUUGAUUCAGCGAGUACUGUAAUGGAUGAAGAAGAUGAUGUUGUCCGUAGCUUACGAGCUAGUCCUGUUCACCCAGUCAAGGAUCGUACUUCGAUUGAUGACUUCGAAAUCAUUAAACCUAUCAGCCGUGGAGCAUUUGGACGUGUUUUCUUGGCCAAGAAAAGAACUACAGGAGACCUCUUUGCUAUAAAGGUAUUAAGGAAGGCAGAUAUGAUUCGGAAAAAUGCUGUUGAGAGUAUAUUGGCUGAACGUGAUAUCUUGAUUACAGUGAGGAAUCCUUUUGUGGUUCGUUUCUUCUAUUCUUUUACCUCCCGGGAAAAUUUGUAUCUAGUCAUGGAGUACCUGAAUGGAGGGGACCUGUAUUCUCUACUGAGAAAUUUAGGGUGCUUGGAUGAAGAUGUUGCUCGUAUAUACCUUGCAGAAGUUGUGCUAGCUUUGGAAUAUUUGCACUCUAUGCACAUAGUUCAUAGAGAUCUUAAACCUGACAACUUAUUGAUAGCUCAUGACGGGCAUAUAAAGUUGACAGAUUUUGGGUUGUCCAAGGUUGGUCUGAUCAACAGCACGGAUGAUCUAUCUGGUCCUGCUGUUAGCGGGUCUUCGUUGUAUGGAGAUGAUGAACCUCAGAUGAGCGAAUUUGAGGAAAUGGAUCACCGAGCACGGAGACAAAAGCGCUCUGCUGUCGGAACUCCUGAUUAUUUAGCACCGGAAAUCCUUUUGGGGACAGGACAUGGUACUAGUGCUGAUUGGUGGUCUGUGGGUGUUAUACUUUUUGAAUUAAUUGUUGGAAUACCUCCAUUCAACGCAGAACACCCCCAGACAAUUUUCGACAACAUUCUGAACCGCAAAAUACCUUGGCCACAUGUCCCAGAAGAGAUGAGUUCUGAAGCUCAGGAUCUAAUUGACAAAUUAUUGACAGAAGACCCUCACCAACGGCUAGGUGCAAAUGGCGCCUCUGAGGUUAAGCAGCAUCAAUUUUUUAAAGACAUUAGCUGGGAUACCCUUGCUAGGCAAAAGGCUGCCUUUGUCCCCUCCUCAGAUAGUGCAUUUGACACGAGCUACUUCACCAGCCGUUAUUCUUGGAAUCCAUCGGACGAAAACAUCUAUGAAGCAUACGAAUUUGAGGAUUCCAGUGAUAAUGGAAGCCUUAGUGGCAGCAGUAGCUGUGUGAGCAAUCACCAAGAUGAUAUGGGGGAUGAGUCUAGUGGCUUCACUGAGUUUGAAUCUAGCUCAAAUGUCAACUAUUCUUUCAGCAAUUUCUCAUUCAAGAAUCUAUCACAACUUGUCUCUAUCAAUUACGAUUUGCUCACCAAAGGAUUGAAGGAUGAUCCACCAACGAAAUCUGAGACGUAGCAGUUCGUGUUAUAUCGGAAUUUAUUCAUUUGAAGUAACCAAACAAUUUACAAGGUGCUCGCGUGGUGUAGAUCUUGUACAUAUGAAAGUGUGAGGCAUGGGCUUGUUCCUAUUGAGGUUGUUCCUACAUUUCGCGGAGCCGAGUACAGUUUUGAUGUUGCUUGUUUUCGAACAAUUCCCGUGUCAUCAUCGAUGAAACAUCCUUGACCAUAAGUUGGAAUGCGUCACCUAGGAGCGCUGUUUUUUUCCCUUCUCUUACCGCACUUCAUCGGCCUUGGGUGCCACCAAGAUUUGGUCAAGGUUACUGUAUGCAAAUAGAACCCUUGAAGAUGUAGAUGGUCUGAGCAAUUUUUCAUUGUGGCAUGUGAUUGGGAAUGACCGAAUGAAGUUCCUGUCAUCUCGGAGGUAUCCCUGUACUCGGAACUAUCAACACUUCAAAAUACCAUUCACUGGGUAUAAAUCUGGUUAAAUAGCAGUGCUCAAAUUUUCUCGGGGCAAGUAUACUGCUCUGUUUGGUUCGCUUGGUUAGUCAAUGGAUUCACUGUAUCUUUACCAAUCGAGGGAACUCGGGAGACUGCGCGGUCUUGAGUUCUUUUCUCGUAGAGAAUGGUGAAUGCCUAAGUUUUGCAGUGGAGGUGGCUAUUACGUCUAAUUUCAUUCCUGUUAACAACCAAUAAAUUAUGAGGUAAUAUGUAUAAUGUAGGUUUGCUACUACUCCCUCUGUCAUAUAAUAAUAUAAGGGAUUUUGAGUUUUUGCUUGCAA